AGAAGACAAACGUCUGAAUUUAUCUAAAUAAAAUUAUAUGUUAUUUUAAAGGUGUUAAAUCAAAUUUAUUUUUAAUUUGCCAUGCUGCCAAAGACACCCAAGCCAGCGAUUUGGAAAUUCAUCAAGGGCAGCGCCAAAACACUUUUUGUACUCGAAGCCGUCUGCUUUGCAGCCAGCUACGGACUUUACUAUCGCAUGAACACGGACCAAGAAUUCCGCCAAUAUAUCAACGAAAAGUAUCCCUUUGCACUGGAUUAUUACUACAAAAUCGGUGAGAUUGUCGGCGACAGCAAUAUUCGGCAAACGGACGCAAAUUAUUGGAGCUCUCAAGCGGCCAAAUUUAAUAACGAUAGGAAAGAAUAA